CUCACACCAUCCGAUAAGACAUCAACCGGUUUUACUGUCUGUCCAUCCCAUUGUUUUUCUGCAAACGACUGCGACCACUUCCCCCAAACUCCUCUGCUUGACCAUCACGAAACUGGCUUGGAAAUCGCAAAUAUGGCCAUCAUCUCGGCGAAAACCAUCAUAACCUCUCUCUCCCUGUUCCACAUCACCCUCGCCUACUUCUUCAUCACGAACCCGGCUACUAUCGCCGAUCAGGGUCUGGUGUACAUCCUGGGCGAGUCCAUGGGCAUGCCCUAUGCGCGGAGUUUCGAGAACAAGUCACCCGCCCUCGCCUUCUUGGCCGCCGUUCUCGGUAUGCUGGGCGUCAGCGACCUAGUCACCCUCAGCAUGCCUGAGGAGGUUUGGCUCAUCUACCAUUGGGGAACCCAGGCCCCCUUUCGCCUCUUCCUGUCCAUGAUCUUUGUCAUCUACACGUUUCUCUUCGGCCCCUCGUCGCCCCUGUAUGGCGGCUCGACCCGCGACGGCAACCGCCUUGCCCACCCAUUGGCACAGGUGAACAACCCGCGCUACACCCCUUCAACCUGGGGCGGCGAUGCCCUCAAGAAUCGCGUGUUCUUGACAUUUGCGUUCCUCGAGAUGCUCUGCUGGUUCUGGGCGUGGAUGACACUGCGCGAGGAGCAAGAGCAGUUCCAGAAGAAGCAGAGAAAGCGGAGGGACAGCCAGUAAAAGCGAUGAUACCGUGUGAAGGGUUUUUAGUAUUGAUUGUCCUUGAACAGUAUAUUAUAUUGCUGAAGGUCCGCCGCGUCCCUUGACAGGACGGCCUGCUGAAG